GUUGCCAGGCCAGCCGGUUGCAGGCAUGGCUGCCCAGCGUGGGGUGCCGCCGAUGCGGAUGCUGGAGGAGGCGCUGGGCAUCAGUUUGACAUCCUCGGGCGACACGCCAGAGCCGGUGGCCGCAGACGGUGCCUACUACCUGGAGCAUGUCUCCAUAACUGAAGUAUCGGAAGAUGACUGUGAAUACGAAGAGAUACCAGAUGACAAUUUCAGCAUUCCAGAAGGAGAAGAAGAUCUGACAAAAGCAAUUAACAUAAUUCAAGAGCAGGCCACAGACACUGAGAUUUUGGAGCAGACAACAGUUCUUCCUUCAAAGCAUGUAGUACAUGAAGCCAUAGAAGACUUUCUCUGCAAUUUCUUGAUCAAAAUGGAAAUGAACAGAACUCUGGACUCCUUUCAGGCAGAGUGGUAUGAGUUAAUACAGAAAGGAAAAACUGAGUUUAGUGAGAUUGGGAAUGUUCCAGAUGUCUAUAGCCAGGUGGUGCUUUUAGAGACUGAGAACAAAAACUUGAAGAAAGAUUUGAAACACUUCAAACAGGCAGCUGAAAAGGCCAGGGAAGAGCUGCUGAGGACGCAGAAGGAGCGGGAUUUCCACCGCAUGCACCACAAGCGCACUGUGCAGGAGAAGAACAAGCUCAUUGCCGAUCUGAAAGGGCUGAAACUGCAUUAUGCAUCGUACGAACCAACUAUAAGGGUGCUACAUGAGAAGCACCAUGUUUUGCUGAAGGAGAAAAUGCUGACCUCUUUGGAAAGAGACCGAGCUGUUGGGAAGAUUUCUGGACUUCAAGCAUCGCUGAAGAACAUAGAGUUAGCACAUAUUCAUAUCCCUAAAAUCAAAGGAUUUCGUGAGACUGCUUCUAUCUCUGGAGAGCAGGGAGACAGUGCUGGUUACAGUUGUGAGAAAGAAAACAAGUCAGAAGGCCCUACUCAGAAAGGUCUUCAUGAAUCCAGACAGGACAGUGGAUAUAAAAAAAAGAUGAAGGAUGAUAGAAAGGAUUCAGAAUUUCCCACAAAUAUGCAACCAGAUACCGACCUGAGUGUGUGUGAUGAAAACAUUGGUCCAUCAAAAUUCGACUACAAGCUAAACAAUAUUUUUAGACUUCAUGAUCUUCCCGUGACCUGUAUCAACCUGCACCCCUGCAAAGAAUUCCUGGUCUCCUGUAGUGAAGAUCGCCUCUGGAAGAUGGUGGGCCUCCCAAAGGGUAAUGUGUUUCUUACGGGAUCUGGCCACACUGACUGGCUGGCUGACUGCUGCUUCCAUCCCAGUGGCACCAAGUUGGCUACCUCAAGUGGUGACAGCACAAUUAAAUUAUGGGACCUUUCAACUGGUGAAUGCUUGUUAACCUUUGAAGGACACAGCCACGCAGUAUGGUCCUGCACAUGGCACUCCAGUGGUGAUUUCGUGGCUUCUGCCUCACUGGACAUGACUAGUAAAAUCUGGGACAUCAAUAGUGAGCGCUGCAGAUAUACUUUAUAUGGACACACGGACUCCGUGAACAGCAUCGAGUUUUUCCCUUUCUCGAACACUCUUCUCACGGCUUCCGCAGACAAGACCUUGUCUGUGUGGGAUGCACGAACAAGUAAAUGUGAGCACUCGCUGUAUGGUCACAUGCAUUCCAUCAAUGAUGCCACCUUCACGCCUAGGGGGCACAUAAUAGCAUCCUGCGAUGCCCGCGGAGUUAUAAAGCUGUGGGACUUCCGGAAUCUCAUUCCCAUUGUGUCCAUUGAUGUGGGUCCAAGUACCGGCAAUGAAGUGAACUUUGACUCAACAGGUCGAGUUUUAGCUCAGGCGAGCGCCAGCGGGAUUAUCCAUUUGCUGCAUCUUAAAACUGGGCAAAUUCACAAACUGGUGGGCCAUGAGAAUGAGGUUCACACUGUGGUGUUUUCCCAGGAUGGGAAGAAUAUAUAUUCUGGAGGAUCUGACGGCACCGUUCGAUUGUGGCUCUGAUCAGCAGCACACCCUGAUGCAAAGGGCAGUCCCUCUAUGGCUUAA